AUAUAACUGAACAAAAAAGAUUUUUUCGCAGUUUAUCGACGGUGGAUUUCGACGAAAAGGUAAGUUAACAGCGGCUUUACGAAGAACAUGUUGUUCAUUCUAUAAAAGAGUGCUAGCCAGAGCGGAAAGAGUGACAUUGUUUGCAUUGAUCUCAGGUUGAAAAUAUUCUUAGCAUGAUCCUGUGAUUCGAAGUGAUAAUCACAAGGGAAAACAGUUUUACAAAAGGACAAUGGAAUAAAGGUAAGAAGGCUUUAUUUUCUAUGAUUUUGAUUUCUUUCUUUUUCUCUUUGUCGGUCUUGUUUCUUUCCUUGAUCCUUUGUCCCCUGGGAUUUUCUUUUGAACAUGGAUCAUGAGAUUGAUCGUGUUUUUUAGGAGUGCCCAUUUUAGCUUUCGAUCAACCGAAAUCGAAUAUGCCCAGCGUGUAAUCACGAGCUCACUUCACAGAUGGUUGAAAUUUAUAACUCUACUCGACUUUGACUCGAUAAUUGCAAAAUUUUUCUAUAUCGCGAGAUCAAACUGACUGAAAAUUAAAUGCUGACUAUUGACUGUGUAUAACCACGUGGUCCUCGGGAGGGGGGAGGGGGGUGGGGGGGCACAGCCGUCCAGAAAUUGUGAGAUUGCCUUGGAACGCUGAGCAUUCAACCGCACAUUGCAACCCUGCUCUAGGCUAUUGUAGGCUAUUUGUUGUAUAACAUGCAGCAAUAAACAUAAGCACAUUAUGUAGGCGGUAUGGGGUAAAAUUCUGAAAAGCGCCAAUGCCUUGAAACUUUAACACAAGACAGAAGAAAUGGUGACGAUGGCAAGAAGAUUGGUUGGAACUGUGACUUCAAUUACCAGGCCCUAGUUGUUCCAAAGCUAGAUAGCACUAUCCACCAUGCCAGAUAAUUCGCUGUGCAACAGAUAAGUGUUAGGGAAACCAAUUGUGCUAUCCAGGAGAUUAAGUGAUUUAGUAAAAUCCAACUAGUGGUCUAUUAUCAAUGCUGCGUUCUGAUUGGCUGAGCAAGUACUAGGCUAUAUGUUAUAGCCCACUAGUAGCGAAAAGUGCCAGCUUUGAAAACCAAAACAAUGGCAAUAAGUCUUAGCGUUAGUUUUCACAAGCAAAGAGAGUUUGAUGUUGGCAAUGUGUUUAGUCAAGACCAUGACUAAGGUGGCAGAGGCUGUGUAUGGUUUAUCGAGUUACGUGCAGUUUUAGAGUUUUUCUUGAUGGAAACUACAUUCAUAGUUGGAAUAAAUCUUCUUGUUGCUGUUUUGACAGCCCUGCAUUCAUUCAGUUUAGUUGCAAGCUAAGUCGUUUGGUUUGAACCUCCUCUCCUGCCCUUCAUAUCACUCUGGAAAUUCCAGUUCAGCUUCAUGAGACUUUCCUUAAUAAAAAUUGCAGCAUUUGUGUUUUGCUAUUUUCUUUUAUGGAGACUCUUUACUUCUUAGUCUUUAAUGCUGUUUGGGUGUGAAAAAUUAAUUAAUUGAUUUCAUGUUUCACUUAUUUAUCAUUAAAAUACAUUGACUAUUUCUUGUUUUAUUUCUUCAUACUAGUUUGACCUACCAGUGCCCUUUUGGAAAAUAGUGCAAACACUCUGACUAGAAUACACCCUGCAGGUAAAAAAAAAUCAAGCUGUCUUAUUUAAUGUUAUAGUAUAUAUAACCAAACAACACCCUUACCCUAGGCCUGGUUCCUCGAAAGAUGGUUAAGUUUAACCCAGGAUUAAGCCAAAUUUUAAGCAAGGUUUUAACGUCUACCAAAAAACAUGCAACUCAAGCUUACGGAAUACCAUUGAGCCUUUAAUCUGAGAUACAGUAAUGAUAUCACAAAAUGUAACUCUAAGCAAUACAUAGGAAGGUAAAAAAUUAAAAGGGAACAAAACCUGAAUCCUAGAUUAGCGCUAAUCGGCAUUCCAGGAACCGGGCCUUGGGUCUUUAAGAUUCCUGAAGUUAGAAGAGCUUAAAAAACAGCACUUGUUAAGUGACAAAAUAGAUAAAGUGUUGCAAAAUUAUAGCUUCCAUAAUUCAGCUAUUCAUGGUGAGGAAUCAGUAAAGUUUAGAUGAUUGUUCAUACCAAAUUUUAUGAUUUUAAUUAAUAUAUAAUAUGAGCAUAAAAGUACUUAAGCCUGGCAAAUUUACGGAUGGUUGUGGGUAGAGGCUUUAUCAGAGGCAGAUCCAGAAAUUUCAGAUAGGGGUGGCUAGGACUCUUGCCAGCUGGGUAGAUCAAACUAUUUAAAUUUUGCCAACAAAUUCUUUCAAAAUAAUGCAAAAUUACACAGAAAAAGAGGUGGCCAUGAUAUUGUCCACUUGGCCCACUUCGAGUCACCUCAAUAGUAUUAUGUGUCUCCAAAUUGCAAACAAUAAAAUGCUACCAGAUGCUGUGUCAAAGCUGCUUUAAUGUUAGUCAAACAGGAAACUACAAGUGAUAGCAUGAUCAUGCGUGAGUUGAAAAUCCGGAAUGGAGUGGACAUUACACUUGUGAUUCUCUGUCAAACAAAUGGUUAAUGGCUCAGCAUACUUUUGAGUCAUGGCUGCAAAGCACAAUUAAUGAAAUAUGAGAGUCACCCAAAGUGAUAGCUGAUUGCAACUCUAUAGCUUCUUGAGUGCUAAGCAAUAGUCCCCCCAAGUGUAACCACAACUCAGUAGUGGAUGCUGAGCCAUUUACCAUCUGUUUUAUAACAUAACCAAGAGAAAAACUUUUGCCAACAGUUUUUAGGGGAAUGAUGUGACUGUACAGAUCAUAGUUUGCAAACUCUUCUCCUUCAAAAAAAUCUUUUUGCUGGAUAAGUAUAUUUGCAUCUCAACAUGGAGUUCAAAACUGUUUUUUAUGUUACCUUGAAAAGCUUCUUAGGAGCACUGGGGGUAUAGCGUCUAAUGCACAUGCGCCUGUGCAUACAGCUGAAAUCUGGAGAAAAAUAUAUUUUUAUAUUCCCUGAAAGCAUUUUUACCAUUCAACUAGGAUUAUUGAUAAAUCUUUCACAUUAUAAUUAUUAGUGUAUAAUUUUUGAAGGGUAGGCAUCUCGCCCAUGGCCUUUAACUUCCUUCUUGAUGGUGUCAUUUUUUUACUGUUUAAAAAACAACUAACUAUUGCAUUUUCCUUCAUAUUUAUUUACUACAUGUAAAAAAGGCCUGCGGAAAACGCAGGACAUGGCAUUUCUGAGCCCCUAAAUUUGACAGAUUUUCUGGGGGGAGCAUGUCCCUAGAUCCCUGUAGUUUGCAGUACGUUCGGAGUCUAACCUUUCUUUCUGUGGAUCACAGCUUCAAAACCUCAUGCUAGGCCCUUGCUUGCCUUCUGUAACUUUUCUCUCGGCAGGAUAAUAAAAUUAUUUGGAAACUAUGAGGCAAAAACAAAAUGUAAAAAUGUAGUCUCAUGGAAAUUGAGCAUGUACCAGCUUGUUAGCGAUCAGCCAAUUUGGCCAAAAAGUAAUGUGUAAUUAGCCAAUCAGAGUAUGCUAUUCUCUUUUGUUAUGUUAACUUUGUUUCAUUUUGCCUUGGAAGUGGGGGAGAGGGACUCUCUCUAGAAAAAUCUGGGUGGGAUUGUGGGUCAUGUCUUGUAAAACAGAACCUUAAUUAAUCUUUUUAGACCACGAGAUGUGGUUUUCUCUACAAUGUCUCAGACCUGACCUAAAGGAGAACAACCUUAAGAGCAAGUGACACACAUACUCAGGCCUCAACCUAUGGCCUAGCUAGUAUCUUACCAAUACGCAUACACACAGCCAUAUCACCCAGGCAGUGGAAGCCAUUCACAAUUGGCUCGCCUUCGUUUGGGCUCAUCAGCAUGAAAUAGGGAUCACAACCCUGCAGUGAUGACUUGAGGUCAUGCUUCACUCUAUAUGCCACUUGUUCGGAUAAGAACUGUCACACUGUGCCAUUUUUUUUUUUCGCAACUAACAGAAUAAAAUUAUUGUACUGUUGCUGAUGCUGUCUAUCUUUUUACUAGCAUGGCAACUGCAGCACCUUCACCCCUGGCAGCCUCUGUAGAGAAGACAAAUGGAAGCAAGCUGAGCAGACUUCUCAUCGAUGGCGGAACAACAGUGCUGAGGAAGACUUUUGAUCACUAUCACCCACCUGCCAACUUGGCUUCUGACCUCAACUCCAACUACUCCAUUCUUAACAACCUUUUGCGUAAAAGAGUACUAAAUGGGCAUCAGUGGGACAACUUGUUUCCCCCUGGUGGAGGGGUACCAGACUCCAACACGUUUGACAUCACUCUUCUGUUCCUUCUACUAACCAACAUUUGUGGUUUAACCCCUCCCCCGUCAGGAUGGCAUGCUAAGCCAUCCUCUGGUGAUAACUCCCUUGAGGCUAACCUUGCUCGUGUUAAGUUCUUCCGGAACGCAUUGUAUGGUCACGUGACUUCCACUGGUGUUGAUGCGACAUUUUUCUCUUCCUUCUGGCAAGAAAUAAGCAUUACUCUUCAUUCUCUUGGUUUAGAUCAGUCCGAAAUUGACAGACUGAGGGCAGAGCAAGGUGGAGAGCAAGAUUGCAUUGAUACCUUAAUAAGGUGGGCUGACAGUGAAGAAGACAUCAAGACACAGCUGAAGGAUAUCCAACAAUCCCAGACCAAAAUCCAAACAAUUGUGGAAGAAGUGCGUCAAACUCAGCAGGAACAAAAUGAGAUGCAAAAGGAACAUCAGAGAACUCUUAAAAGCACACAAAAGGCAGUAGAAGAUACUCAACAGUUACUUGUGGAAGUUUUGAAGACCCAUCAGGAAACGCAACAGAAGCACGAGAAAGACCAUAGAGAGAUUCGAGGUGAUGUUUUGCAGAUCAAGGACAAAGUAGAAUCGCUGGAACAGAGGAGAAGUGAAGACAAAGAAAGUGAAGUUCUGAAUAAGAAACUGGCUGUCGUUGACACCGAUACGGUCAUUCAGAAUUAUGCCAAAAAACAUGAACAGGGGACGCGCAAGUCUAUCUUAGAAAAAGUCAAAUUGUGGCUAGAAGACAGAAGUUCAGAAAAUCGUGUGUUGGUACUUAGUGGAAAUGCAGGAAUGGGAAAAUCAGUGAUCGCGGCGGUAGUUUGUAAAACAAUGGACCAAGAUGGCCGGCUCGCAGGAUGCCACUUUUGCCAGCACAACAAAGCACGUGGCAGAAAACCUCAGGUGAUGCUUCAGUCGUUAGCUCGUAAGUUGUGCGAUGUUAUACCCAAAUACAAAAAUGUACUUGCGGAGAAACUUUCUGGGAACCUAGGUGCAGACAUCAACAGCCUAGAAGUUGGGGAGCUGUUUGAGUUGCUGUUCGAGGAGCCCCUAAGCAGUGUAGGUGACCCCGGUAGAAACUUCCUUCUUGUGAUAGAUGGCCUGGAUGAAUGUGAAUACCAAAGGCGUAAUGAACUGCUUGAUGUCAUUGCUAAUCACUUUUCUACGCUUCCUGUUUGGCUCCGGUUUUUUGUUACAACUCGACCGGAAAUAAAUAUAGCAGACCGUCUUCAAAAGUUUAAUCCUUUUCAGCUAGAGCAAGAUGAUGAAGAAAAUGUUGAAGACAUCAGACUCUUUCUUGAAAGACAGCUUCAAUCUAGCUGUGAGGAAGUUAUCAAUGAACUGACCAGAAAGGCCGAUGGACAUAUUUUAUUUGCAUUUUUGAUGGUUCGUUUUAUCGAGGAAAACGGCUCAAGUCUGGAUCCGGAGGAGUUAAGAAAAAUUUUGCCUUCAGGUGUCUCAGAUGUUUAUAAGUCCUAUUUUGAUCGUAUGGAGAAAGAAUUGAAAAACAUUGAGGAAUUGACCAUAAGUGCUGACCAGUUGUUGAGUUUUCUAAGUGCUGUGGCAGCUGCAAGGGAACCGCUUCCACUAGACUUUGUUUCUAAGUUGCUACUGUCGGAUACAAAGUCUCCAGCUGGUCACCGGAAAGUAAGAAAGGCUAUCGAAUGUAUCUCAACUCUUUUACCUGUUCAAGAUGGCUGCAUUCACUUCUUUCACAAAUCAGUGAAGGACUGGUUGACUGACAGAACUGCUUAUGGGCGACACGACUUCUCUGUGGAUGAAAAGCAAGGUCACCUUGCCCUGUCUGAGCUUUGUGCUGGUGAAUUAAACGAUGUUAAAAGAAGAGGUGUUCACGGUGGAGAGUUCAGUGACACCGCGAAGUACGCCCUACAGCACGGUGUUCAUCAUAUGCUCGAGUCGGAAGAGGUGGAUGAGAGUACAAGAAGCUUUGAAGAAAUCGUUAACAAUUAUGUUACCGACUUGGACAUGGUGUAUGCAAAGCUUUGUGUAAACAACACGGCUAGUUCUGAAGACAUAAUCCUUACUCAGCAACAAGAAGCUUUUCAGUUAUUGAGCAGUGAGAGUCAGAGCGCCCUCAGCACGAUGUGGUCUCUUUUAAGAAAGCACCACGAAAGACUUUCGACACGUCCUAGUAUAUUUUUUCAAGUGAUGGUUAACAGUGGGGGAGACAUGUUUGCCAGCAAAGCGAAUGAGCUUUUGAACACCAAAUAUCAUGAAGUACCGUACAUGGAGUACGUUCAUAAGGAGGUCGAGAAGGAUCAGUUGGAGGAGAUCCAAGCUGUGUUUCGCUGCACCUCUCAAGUGGCGUGUUUUGAUAUUUCACCUCAGUGGGAUUUCAUGGUAUCUGAAUGUAGGGAUGGAACGAUUCAGUUGUGGUCACUCAAAACAGGGGAGCUAAGGUGGAAACGUCCGGCCACGGUUAGCAAACGUUAUAGUAACGUUGAUGAUCAUCAUGCGUUUAGAAUGGCCUCGAACUCGCCUGUUUUGUCAUGUUAUCGCUCUGUUGUUUUUCAUCCUGUUGAGGCCCGAGUUCUUCCUGGAACCCUUAGCCAUGCUUACUCGUUUAACGGAGACCUUUUACCCUUGUUCCCUCAUAGCAAAUGCAGGUUUUUGGUUUGUUCAGUUAAUGGGGACAAGAGCAAAAUGAUUACUGAUUCCCCUUACGAUGCUAAAUGCCUUGUCAUGUGGAAUUUAAAAAGUGGCGAAGAGAUCCGUCGAGCCACCAGGAAUGAAGUUGUUCUUUCAUUUGCUUGGUCUCCAGAUGGAAAGGUACUAGCGAUUUCCCAUAUUUCGGGAUUGAUUUGUUUGGUUGAUACUCUAAAUUGCUUUGCGACACUUGCAGAAGUCACUCUUAAAAAACCUUUUGGAAUGAUCAAGUUUGCCCCCAACCUUCAGUUCCUGUUUUGUUGGCGUGAACCAAAACAACGUAUGGUCGAGGACAGAUACCUGAAAGGUAUUCGCUUAAACGUCAGCAAGUCGCCUCGUGGCUUUUUUUCUGUAGAUGUUUUGGACAACAAUGCUGACUUUGAACCUUGGGUUUAUGAAUCGUGUAGCAACAGUGGAUUCUUGAUGGGAGAUCCUAUCUCAUGUGUGUUUGAGAGCCACGAGAGCUGUUUUGGACCUCUUUGGUUUACUGUGAAGGAGGGGUUUGCGUUUGUCUUAAACGAAGAAAGUGUAAUGAGGGUAUCUUGUGGAAGCGACCUUAUUGUAAUGUUCAGGCCUGAUAAAGGAAAGGUAAGCUAUAGAACACUUCGUGGUGUGGCCUUUGCUGUAGAUGGGAAGACCGUUUACGGUGUUACUGAAAGAAAUGAAGCUGUGGUAUCUUUUGAUGUGUCAAGUGGAGAGCUUCAAGCAGAGAAACAGAUUGGUACUCGUCGCGAUCAAAAUGCCCCUAUCUUUGCAUCUUUUGCCUCCCCAGGCAACAAUCUACCUAACUACGGCUUUUGUCUUGUACCUGUGACUAAUGGAGUCCUUUUGAAACAACGCGGGGCUGCUGUUCAGCUAUGGAAUUUCGAGUUGUCUCGGCAACUCCGAAGUUGGGCCAGUUUAGUCGAUACGUAUAUAAUGCCUGUUUCAGACCACUGUGUAGCUUGCGUAGGAAAGGAAUUUGAAGUGAGCAUCCUAGAUACAUCGAGGGGAGACAUAGUGAAGACCAUACCACUUUGUCACGAGGGAUACCAGUCAACAUAUUCAUUUUUGCAUAAAGAAGCCAUAGUAUGUAACAGUAAAUAUCAGCUGUUAUCCACCGAUAGGCACUUGGUCCAACUGUCAGAUGGCACAAGUAUACUAUGGAAAAGAGAUUUUAAAGAUUCCGAGCUGUUGUACUCGUGGAAUAUACCUGGAAUAUUUUCUCCAACGGAAGAGUUUGUUCUAAUAUCGGCAAAACCCUCUCAGUGUAGACAAGAUGUACACGUGCUUGAUGCAUCUUCAGGAGCCACUCUCCGUACACUAUGCACAGUCGAUAGCGUUAUAAGCUAUGCGUUCGUAAGUGACACGGAAUGCGUAAUGGAUUGCAUGCUAAAUCGCCAAAUCGGAAUUUCAGAAAGAUUUUGUCUUCGUUUGUUUAGCGUCCGCAGUGGGGAUUUGCUUAGUGUACUUGACAUGGAUACCCGACCUUUUUGUUUGGCUUCUUUUCCGAAAAAGGGUUUGAUCGCCAUUGGUCUUUGCCAGUCCAAACGUAUGUGCGCAUUUAUAAAAGUAAGAAUGCCGCGAGACAAAGACAACCGAGGGUCAAAA